GUACUCUCCCCCCUUUAAAAUUAUGAAUGUGGCCACUCUGUUCAAGAUAAAGACUUGGAGGGAAUUUGGAAAAGCAAAAGAAUCUGGAAGAAGAAACACGGCUGGUGCUUCCGAGGGCGCCUAGUUUUAAGAAGAUACCUAAGAGGACUGCGCUAGAUGUCUAGAACAACUUCUCCGACAGCGGUACUCGCCCGUCAUGGACGUUCCAGGUCUGCAGGUGCCUUCCUUCUGAGAAUCAAUUGGCCUUGACCAUCUGAGGCGAGAGCACCCAGCCCAGAGAAGGCUACUACUCUAGCCCUGCGCGUUUUUGUGCGCACCCAGGGAGCUCCCUGGCUUCUGCCGGCCUUGACAUUCACAGGGCGCCCCCCCAGCCCAGAUGCCCGCGCCUGGCCAGGGCCCCAGAGGGCGGCUGCUGAGCAUGCCCGGGCGCCGGGGGGCGCUGCGUGAGCCGGCCGACUUUGGCUCCAGUCUGGGGGCGGCGCUGGCCCUACUAUUGCUGUUACUGCCCGCCUGCUGCCCGGUCACAGCUCAGAACGACACGGAACCCAUCGUGCUAGAGGGCAAGUGCCUGGUUGUGUGCGAUUCCAGCCCAUCAGGGGAUGGCGCCGUCACUUCUUCCCUGGGCAUUUCUGUGCGCUCAGGCAGUGCCAAGGUGGCCUUCUCCGCUACUCGGAGCACCAACCACGAGCCGUCAGAGAUGAGCAACCGUACCAUGACCAUCUACUUCGACCAGGUCUUAGUAAACAUUGGCAACCACUUUGACCUUGCCUCCAGUAUAUUUGUAGCACCAAGAAAGGGAAUUUAUAGCUUCAGCUUCCACGUGGUCAAAGUAUACAACAGACAAACAAUCCAGGUUAGUUUAAUGCAGAACGGCUACCCGGUGAUCUCUGCAUUUGCAGGAGACCAGGAUGUUACCAGGGAAGCAGCCAGCAAUGGUGUUCUGCUGCUCAUGGAAAGAGAAGACAAAGUUCAUCUCAAACUGGAGAGAGGCAACCUCAUGGGAGGCUGGAAAUACUCCACAUUCUCGGGCUUCUUGGUUUUUCCUCUAUAGACUCAGAGCCACCAGGAUGGUGGGAAAGUUUUGAUCAGGACCCAGGGAUCUGCCCCCUGUAAUACCUUGAACUUGUCUGGAUAGGAUGGCUUGGGCCCGCCUCCAUCAGAUUAUUGCUGUAGAAGAAUGAGUUUCUUCUAAAGUUCCAGUAUUUUCUUUGACUAUUGACAAUUCCUCGGGAACCUGGCCUCUAAUUAGUUUUAGAAGACAAAGUCUUAAGGAGAAAUGAAAUUAUCGAUUUGAGCAAUUUGUACCUGUGAUUGUAAAGUCGAUAUCGGAUUUUAUUGUUGGAACCAUUGACUUAACUUCUCUUGUUUGUACGUUGUAUCUUGUCCUGAUGACAUAGAUGCUGCUGACCCUCAGAUGGAUUGCACGCUUCAGUCAGGGCUUAAAGCAAGAGUCCAGCAAAGAACCACCUACCAGACAGUCUUUGACCUGUGUUCUGUGUGUGUGUAGCCUUAAGAAAAAGAAUGGCUUCAUUUUCAUUCUGUAGCUUUUCCCUAGGGUCUUUGGGGGUAUUGGGAGGGAGCUGGGCAUUGGGAACUUGUCGAAAAGUGCUUUAUCCUGAGAAGCAAAUUUUGCACGAUUGGACUGCAGCAUUUGUUUUGUACUGUCCAUGAUUUUCUUUUUUUCCUCUGGAAGCUUUCUUUUCCUUCCUCAGGUUUCACUCCUCGAAGCUACAUAGUUUUAAUGUUGGGGUCUCAGAAAGAAAAAAACAGAACAACAAAACUUAUGUUCAGUCCUUGUAUGAGAUCAAACAAAACAGAACAAAAUCUGCAUACUUUGUUUUGGAUAAAGGAAACCAGGAAAAAAGUCUUUAUUUCAAAGUAAGGACAGCAAAUAGAACAUUCUGCAUAUUCUUCCCUGGAGUCUCUCUCAAUGCAUCUUCAAACUUGCAAUGUGGAUUUUAUUUUAUUUUUUUAAUUUAUACUCUGGGAUCCCUUAGUAACCUGGCAUUGCUCAUUGCUCAUGAAUCCCUUAACAAUGGCAGAGCUGAUGUGGCCUAAUUCCCUCUGUGCUUUUCCUCUGGAUAUGUCUCAGUAGUGAGUUAGAUCUGCCUCUGAGUGGCCACACAAUUACAAGAUGCUUCAAAGAAACAGGACCAGUGCCUCCUCCUGGAGAUCUUCCUUUGAUCUGACAAGGAGAGGGUUGUGUUGACUGACUGAUGCUCUGUGGAUGAACAUCUGGCCAGAAGCCACCUGGACUGGAAAUCUCAGCAGUUAAAGGUACUGGCUGCUGUACCCCAUGGGUGGUUUUUCAAACCCUGCUUCUUUUGGCAUCUUGUGCAACAACACAAUUAAGUUGCAAUUGAGACCUGGUGCAGUAUUUGUGUGCCAAGGAAAUGUCACUAAUCCCAAAGCAAUCUAAGAUGUGACCUCAAACUGGAUGUUAAUUUGUCCUUUGUGUAACAAUGUAACCAAAAUAUUGAUGAUAAAGCUCAUAAUUUAAGAUUCAGAAUAAAUGGAUUUGAUGUC